ACAUUCAUGCUAACAACGUAGGUAUACGUCGAAAAUCAAUCUAAGUGAUGUAGCACAUCGUUUUAUCACGCCGAAAUAAAAACAUGAGUAAAGCGUAGAACGUACAAGAACGUUGGAUAUCCGUAUAAAAAUCAUAAAACUACGUACUAGCGCCACGCCAUAUCUAAAUCUCGGACUUCUAGCGCCACUGGAAAUGUGUUUUAUUUCAUGAUGAUUCCCAGUCACUCACACAGUUACAAGUACCCACACCACAAACGCACAACGUCAUCACACGGUGACCUUUGUACGCGCCGCCAUACUGUCAGUGAGGCUGUUGCGCUCGCAGCGGGAACACGACGCACACCAAUUACGCGCGAAAUCACCGUCAUGGAAAGUAAGAGGAAAUCUAAAAAAAGACGACCCAAAGGAAAAGACAAAAAUGAGACCUGCAAUAGAAAAAAUACGACGAAAUCUAUUGAAAUGGACACGGAGGAGAAACGACCACAACGGACGAACAAGGCUUCAAUGAAAAUGUUUGAAGAUAAUGUCUCGUCACGGCAAAGUACACCAGACCCAUUUAGCGACGAUGGACAGUAUGGCUCCGAUGAAGAAUAUGAUCCUGCCUCUGACGAUUCAGACAGCAGUGUUGUUAGUGAUUUGGAAUUUUGUUGCAGACGCACUAAACCAUCGUUGGGGAGCAGGUCUGAGUCUGAAGCUGGUACAGAUAAUGACGAUGAUAACGAAACCGAUUCGUUUUCGGAAGCUUCAAGUAAUAGCAGUAUUUUUGACUCUCAUCGCCGCCGCCGUUUAGCUCUUAAACGUUCCCAUUCAACCACUUCAAACAAUGGCACAAACAAACCUAAAACAAAACAGGCGAAAGUUGAACAUGCUGAUGACAGUGCAGACACAAUUUCUUUGCAUUCAGAAACUUUAAGGAACAACUUGGGUGAUAUAAAUGUUUUAGAAAUCUCAUCUUUGCUUCCUGACCCGACAGAAAUAGAAAAUAUGUCAAUUUGUACGAGAAAUCAGUCACCUCUGGCAUCGCCGCCGCCACCGGAUCCGGUUGAAACUGACAGAAAUGACUCACCUGCGUCGCCGCCGCCACCGGAUCCGGUUGAAGCUGAAAGAAAUGACUCACCUGCUUCGCCUCCGCCACCGGAUUCGGUUGAAGCUGAAAGAAAUGACUCACCUGCGUCGCCGCCGCCACCGGAUCCGGUUGAAGCUGAAAGAAAUGACUCACCUGCGUCGCCGCCGCCACCGGAUCCGGUUGAAGCUGAAAGAAAUGACUCACCUGCGUCGCCGUCGCCACCGGAUCUGGUUGAAGCUGAAAGAAAUGACUCACCUGCGUCGCCGCCGCCACCGAAUCCGGUUGAAGCUGAAAGAAAUAACUCGCCCCGUGCGUCACUAAUGCCAUCAAGAUCUGAAGAUGCCCAAAGAAAUAAUCCGACCGGAAUCCCGGAAGAGGGUAAUGUUAGACAGUCUGGUAACGACAUUGAAGCUCCAAAUGACUGGGAAACUACAAAAACAGAUAUACCGUUGUUUGAAUUUGAUGCCCUUUCUGCGGGUGCUCAAUUUAAUGUCGGCCCAGGUACGACGGUCAUAGAUGUUUUUCAUAAAACGUUCCCACCUAAUAUUAUUGACUAUAUUGUAACAUGCACUAACGCCUAUGGAAAAGCACUUUGUUUGUCAAAAAGACCAGCAACCAGGAAUACACGUCAUUACAAUUUUAAAGACACGAACCAAGAAGAAGUCCGUAAGUUUCUCGGUUUGUGUUUGCUUAUGGGUCAAAUAAAAAUUCCCCAAAAACGAAAGCAUUUUACAUACAGUGAUCCACUGUAUUACCACCCAAUAUUUUCUUUUAUAAUGUCAGCAAGAAGAUUCGAACAAAUUCUAAGAUGCCUAUCUGCAUCAGAUUUAACAGCAAAAGGAAAAGAAAAAAUUGUCAAUUUUAUUGAAAUGCUGUGUAAGAACUUCAGAGAUUGUUAUAAGCCAUACAGAGAUCUCAGUUUGGAUGAAUCUCUGCUCUUAUUCCGGGGUCGACUAUCAUUCCGGCAAUACAUAAAAAGCAAAAAAGCCCGUUAUGGCAUAAAAUUCUACGAACUGACAUCAUCAGAUGGUUAUGUUCUAAAUUUAAUGAUGUAUGCCGGAAAAGACGCCGAAAACGAGGUUCAGAAAGGAAAAAAAACCGAAAAGCUUGUGCUUCAUCUCAUGAAACCCUAUUUGCUCAAAGGACAUCAUCUUUAUAUGGACAAUUACUACAAUUCUGUCCAACUGUCUCAGAAGCUGGUGGAUCUCAAAACCCAUACAACUGGUACUUUGAGAGCCAAUAGGAAAGGCAAUCCUCAAGAAAUCACAAAAAAAAAACUGAAAAGGAAUCAACAUGUUUGGAUGAGAAAAAAUAAGGUGUAUGUAUCCAAAUGGGUGGAUAAAAGGCCUGUCCUUAUGGUUACAACAUCAGUUCAACCCAAAAUGAAAGAAGUGUCAAACAGAUUCGGGAAGAGACGAAUGAAACCAGAAGAAGUGGCGAUUUACAACCAAUACAUGUCAGGCAUUGAUCGGGCCGAUCAGAUGAUUUCUUACUAUUCGUCACCAAGGAAGUCUUUGAGGUGGUACAAAAAAGUAUUGUUCCACUUAUUAGAUGUGGCAGUCUGGAACGCUUUUUUUAUAUACCGAAAGUACUGUCAAGACAAAUGUGAUUUCCUGGUUUUCCGUGACGAAUUAAUUCGCAAUUUGCUGAACAUUCAGGACCUGCAAGCAAAGCAUUUGAUAUUAGAUCGCAGCAAAUACGACAACAGACGUAGUGGCAGAGCUGUUGUUUUGGAUACAGGAAAGAUCAAUGAAGAGGUUGGAAGUUCAGUAAGGCACGGCCACUGGCCUGAAAAAAUUCCUGUACCAGCGGGAUCAAAAAAAAAUUCUAAUUACUUAAAAUGCAAAUUAUGCACAAAAAAGAAAAUUAGAAAAGAAACUGGUCUAAGAUGCAAAGGCUGUGACGAUAAGCCAGCAUUAUGUGCUCUUUGUUUCGAAGAAUGGCAUAGCCAGGUAUAAUUUGUAGCUGUCUUGUCAGUUGUGUCUUAGAUACCAGGGUUUAAUCAGUGGUCAAUUGUUAAAUUUAAUUCUAAGUACAAAAAAUAUAUGUGUGAUCUCAUGGGCCAAGAUAUAAUCAAAGAUGCUUUUAGAUUUAAGUGCAAUUGAUAUUCAAGAAAUAUUAUUGUUAUAUCAAGACUGAUUAGUACGAAUUUAAAUAUUAGCUUUUCAGGAUAUUGUUAAUUAAUAACGUACAAUUAUAAUAUUAUUAGAUACCUAUAAAUAG